ACCUUAGAGCAAGGUUCUCCCCUGUUCCCGAGACAACUGUACAGCUAACUGCGAGGAAGAGAUGCUGUUUUGAAGCUCCCUUACCCUGGGUCUUUGAUGUAUUUGGAGCAGUUGUCUCUUCAGCAGCAGCCUCUGUGCAGAUACUUCAAACAAAAUUAUGGAGCCUCAAAGUCAGAAUUUGAAGACAGCACCACCUUUGACUUUAGGAAGAUUUCAUAUUUCUGAAGAUUAUGGCUUUCUUCUUCCACAUCCUCUGAAAGAACUCCCUGAUCACUAUAGACCUUGGAUGGAAAUUGCCAACCGACUUCCUCACUUGAUUGGGAGUCACCAGCUUCGAGCUCAAGUGAACGAGAUGCCCCUCUUGAACUGUCAGCUCCUCACGAGUUACCGGGAACAGCGGCUGGCACACCUGGUCCUAACCUUUAUUACCAUGGGAUAUGUCUGGCAGGAUGGAGAGGCACAGCCCAAAGAGGUUCUGCCGAGAACACUUGCCCUUCCCUUGGUCGAGGUCUCCAGGAACUUGGGGCUCCCUCCUAUCCUGCUUCACUCGGACUUGGUUCUGGCCAACUGGGCUAUUAGGAACCCGGGAAGACCCCUGGAAAUCAGGAACUUGGACCCCAUUUUCUUAUUCCCUGGGGGAGAAAGCCUCCGUGGUUUUAUACUCGUGACUGUUUUGGUGGAGAAAGCAGCUGUACCCGGGAUUAAGGCCCUUGUUCAGGCUGUGAAUGCCAUCUUGCUGCCCAGCCCAGACUCCCUGCUCCAAGCCCUGCAGCGACUGAGGCUCUCCAUUCAGGACAUCACCAGAGCCUUGAGACAAAUGCAUGAUUAUGUAGAUCCAGACAUAUUUUACUCAGUCAUCCGGAUCUUCUUCUCUGGCUGGAAGGAUAACCCAGCAAUGCCUGCGGGGUUGUUAUAUGAAGGCGUCUCCAAAGAGCCCCUGAAUUACUCCGGCGCGAGCGCCGCUCAGAGCUCAGUGCUGCAUGCCUUUGAUGAAUUCUUGGGUGUUCGUCACAGCAAGGAGAGUGCUGAUUUUCUGCACAGAAUGAGGGAUUACAUGCCUCCUUCCCAUAGGGCCUUCAUAGAAGAAAUUCACUCCGCUCCUUCCCUGAGGGACCACAUCCUGUCCUCUGGAAACAGCCAGCUUCUGACAGCCCAUAACCAGUGCGUGGAGGCCCUGGCAGCCCUGCGCAGCUAUCACCUCGCCUUGGUGACCAAGUACCUCAUCACGGCCGCACCCAAAGCAAAGGGCAGGAGGAUGAGUCAUCUCCCGGGGCCGCCUCAGGCCUUAGAAGAGAGGGGCACAGGCGGAACGGCAGUCGUGAGAUUCCUGAAGAGUGUCAGGGAUAAGACCUUAGAGGCAAUCCUCCACCAAAGUGGCUAAGAGACUGCCCUUCUCCCCAGCAAUGCAAACCACCCAGGUCUCUCCUUAUCCUCCUUUCACUGGACAGCAGGUGGGCCUGGAGAAUGAGGACCGGGAAUAAUCUGGAAUAGUCUGGAAUAAUCUGAAAGGGACCUCAGACCUGUUCAUGUUCUCGCUCCACAGAACACCAUCUUUUCCUAUGUUGAGAGAAUUUUCAUGACCAGGAACUUGUCUUUCCCUCCCUGAUCACUGGUUAAUAGCAAACAGCUCUGGAUAGCCCCCUCAUUCAGAACCCCACAGAGGAGCGAGUGUACCCCUAUUCUGUUUGUCAAGUGAUAGAAAACCAACAUAAUUUCACAAAUCAAAUAAAAUUGCUUGUGGACA